AUGGCAUUCUUCGCAUUUGGAACAUUAAUUUACAAUGGUUUCUCCUUAUUCAUUACUGCUGCUCAAGAUAUCUUAGCUGGUACAUAUAUUCAAUCUUCCAUGGUUCUAAUUGCGUGUAUAUUGCCGAGUUUUGUUUUCACUUUAAUUGCACCUUAUUUCGUGCAGAAAAUUUCAUACUUUGCUCGGUUUAUCACGCUUGGUUUGGCAUUACCCUGUAGUCUACUAAUUCUUGCUCUAGCCGGACAAGUUUAUUGGAAAUUAAUAGGCUUAGGAAUAGCUUCAGUGGGCUACAGCAUGAGUGAGAUGACAGUUUUGGGUUUAACUUCUUUUUAUCAUGAAGUCGCCUUGACUGCAUUUUCCGCUGGAACAGGAGUAGGUUAUGUGAUAACACCCUUCUACUACACAGGUAAGAUCUAGAAAUUAAUAUAUAUUAUUAGAGCGCGUGUCGUCAUGACUUGAAGUAGCCUGAGGUGAGGUACACAUUGUAGCGUUCAUGGUGUUACUAAGAGUUUCUGGUACCGCUUAAAAGUCAAAUUCAAUGCUUUGCCCAUAUAGUCUUAUGUAGCGUUUGUAUACAAAGCUUUCCGGCAGUCAAUAGAGGUUUUUAGCCGUACCUGGUCACGUGGUCUGAAAUAGGUAAACAGAAAUCCAAUAUGGCGUCCGGCUCUGAGAGAGUGUCGGACAGCAGUAGCAUUUCUUGGACAAAAACUCUCGUUUCUGUGCCCCGAUUGUCUCAUAUUCAACAUUUAAAAGACAGUGGGAGAAAAGAAAUGGGCGAAAAAAGGAUGAAUAUGUGGGUCGACCGAGUGCAGGCCAUACAGAUUUAGCGUGGAUCGUGCAAGGAUGUUGUCAUCGCGGCCAACGGAAAAAUGACGAUCCUCAUUCAUUGUAGCCUCCCUCGCAGACGUUCUUAGGGGUUCGUCACGCGUUCCUGCCCCACGUUCGUACGUCUGCCUGGGAGGCUAAAUUCAUUGGAAAUUGAGGUUGUUAACAGCAGCGGGGGUGCAAAAAUUUCCAAAGCUAAAUGUCCCGGUAAAGCGGGGUUAGAUCUAAAAACGCCUAUUGAUACAGGAAUCAUACAGGCCCCUCGGAAGAACAAAUGCGAGUGCCCCUAACAGGAGUCGAACCUAAUAAACUUCUAGUUACUAGUCCAGGGGCCCGUUUCUCGAAAGGUCCCGGUAACGUUUCGGGCCCUAAAUCAAAUUUCAAAUCGAAAUAUGAAGAAUUAGAGCGCAGAUCCUGGCUAACAAACUGCUCCAUUUUGUUUCAUUAACUGGUAGUUUUAUCAUGUUAUAUGCAGGACUAUUGAAACCUCUGUCUUGCAUGUAAACAACAACAACUUAACGGGCCCGUUAAUUAUCGCGACUUUCGAGAAACGGGCCACAGCUGCUCUACCACUGAGCCAAAGGAGAGCUGUGGGAGCCAAGGUUACUAAACUAGGUUCAUGUGACAAACAUCAUGCGUACUGCUAAGACUUGAAUCAGUCGAUAUGCGUUUAUGCGUAAUGAUCAUGUUUUUUUAACAAACUUUCCAGUGUUCUCUGUAGCUUUGACUAUAUGGUUGUGUGUCUAGGGAGCUGAGGCCGUAAACUAGGUUCACGUGAAAAACGUCCUGCGUACUGCUAGGACUAGAAUCAGUCGAUACAGUAUAUAUGUGCUUAUGCGCAAUCAGUAUGAUUUUACUAACCGGUGUUCCAUUGCUAUCUGUAGCCUUGACAACAUGGGCGUGUGUGUCACCUCAGAUCGCGAUUGUAAUCAUGGCAGUCGUCUCCCUUCUCAUUCCUGCCUGUUAUUACAUUAUGGACAAGAAACACGUGAAGUCUCCCAGUCCCUCAAGUGACAAACACGCCGGGGUAGAGUACACUGCACUGGACGCUAAUAAAGGUAGCUAUGAAAUACUGAACUUGCUAAUAUAAUGCUAAUGAGGUGAUUUACAAGAGCUGAUCUAGACAGGGACCGAGGGGGCUGAAGGGGCCGAGGGGGCUAAAGAGACCGGGGGCAUGGCCUCCACAUCUUUUUUCUGAAAUUGUGUUAAAACAGUCGUAAAGAAUUCUUUGUGAUCUGUCCUCUAGAGCCUUUUUGCAUUUAAACGCUCUCAGAGUAUAUUUGUCGCUAAUUGAAAAGACCACUGCAGCUGGAAAAUCGUUCAGUUUUUCUAGAUCCUUCCCCGCAUGAUAUACCUCGAGGGAUAUCAUUAGAUUAUAUCGUCAGACUGUCCGUUGUCUUUGACACUCGAUUUGAUAUUACCCAUUUUUUGCCGGAAUGGAAUAGGGGAAAUGUUUAUCACAAUAUUACCCGGUCUUUUGGCCAGUCAUUUUCUGUGAAUAUGAAACUGGGUUAAUUUGGUUGAACUGGUGUUUAAGUGUAGUUUAAUCUGGUAAACCAUAACAUAAUUUUCCAAUCCUUCAACAGAGUAUGAAUGUGAAGAAUUGGACAGUCAAAGAGAUGACAAAAAUAAUCCAAGAGACUACCGCCUUUCAGUUCAAGAAAAAUUUGCUGUUGUAUGGAAGAUGCUGCCUGAUUUAAUAACAAUUUAUAUUGCCUGGUUCUCAGAAUAUCUCAUUUAUGUGUCUGUCGUCACAACACUAGCAUUUCCAAACGCUCCGUUUAGUGCACGUGACCAUUAUCAGUACUAUAUAUUUGCGCUCACGGGAGGCGAGGUGGUUGGAAGGUCCUAUCUCGUUAUCUUGUCAUAUAUCAAAGCUGACUGGGCUGAAAAAGCUAAGGUCCCUUGUCUAUGGGGUUUGGCGAUCAUCCAAGUUUUUCACCUUCUAUUCUUUAUCCUGGCUGUCUGGUAUCGCUUUUUACCCAGCGUUUGGAUCAUUUUACUGUUAUCGUUUUCCUGCGGAGCCGGCGUCGGUGUUUUCUACGUCAAUGCAGUAGCGUUUUUCAAAGUAAAGUUUGAGGACUUGAAAAGGAGUUCGCCAUGGGGUACUUAA